AUGAGGGGGCUGCUCUGGGGCGGGCACCCCUGGCUGCUACUGAUCUUUUGGGAUUUCCAGGUGCGCGGAGCCUUCUCCAGGUCACCGGCCCAUCCAGGGUUUGAGGUCUUGGCUUCUGCUUCCCAUUACUGGCCGCUGGAAAAUGUGGAUGGGAUCCAUGAGCUUCAGGACACAACUGGAGUGUUGCGAACCCACAACCUCACUGUGCUUCCUUCCCAUAACUCUACCUUUGUUCGUACCAAUGACUCUGCCUACUCAAAUUUCUCUGCAACCGUAGACAUCGUGGAAGGGAAGGUCAACAAGGGCAUUUACCUCAAAGAGGAGAAAGGAGUCACCCUUCUCUACUAUGGGAGGUACAAAUCUUCCUGCAUCAGCAGCCCAGCACAGUGUGACCCAGAUGGGGUCACGUUUUCCUUCUUCUGGAAGACACGAGGCGAGCAGUCCAGACCGACCCCCUUUGCUUAUGGGGGGCAGGUCAUUUCCGACGGCUUCAGAGUCUGCUCCAGCGGCGGCAAGGGCUCGGUGGAGCUCUACACGCGGGAGAACGCCAUGACCUGGGAGGCCACCUUCAGUCCGCCAGGUCCCUACUGGACUCAUGUCCUGUUUACAUGGAAAUCCAAGGAAGGCUUGAAAGUCUACGUCAAUGGGACCUUGAGCACCUCUGACCCAAGUGGCAAAGUGUCUCACGCCUACGGGGAGCCCAGCAUCAACCUCGUGAUAGGGUCUGAGCAGGACCAGACCAAGCGUUAUGAGGAUGGAGCUUUUGAUGAGUUCAUCAUCUGGGAACGGGCCCUGACCCCGGACGAGAUCUCGAUGUACUUCACAGCUGCCAUUGGAAAGCAUGCUUUGUUGUCUUCAACGCCACCAAGCUUCUUCAUGACACCCCCAGCCAACACUGUGAUGCCCACCAACGCUUACCGUCCUAUCAUAAUCAACUUGACAGAGACAAGAAAAAACUUCCAGAGUCCAGGAACUGUACUGAGUUACCUGCGAAAUGUGUCCCUCAAAUUACCCAAUAAGCCUCUCUCACAGGAAAUGGCGUUGAACCUCACCCAGGUUUUCUUAAAAACCAUGGGAGAGGUUCUUCAAUUGCCCACUUGGAUUGAUGUGUCAGAGGACAAUUCCAUGGUGCUGGGCUUGAUUGAGACCGUCGACACUGUCAUGGGCCACAUCUCUUCCAACCUGGACACCAGCGAGCCCCAGGUCACCAUCGUAGGCUCUUCCUCCAUGGCAGAGUUUUCUGUGGCCAAACUCCUACCCGAGACCAUAAAUUCCUCUCACUACCGCUUCCCGGCCCAGGGGCAGAGCUACAUCGAGGUUCCCCACGAGGCGUUCCACAGCCAAGCCUGGACCACCAUCGUGGGCCUUCUCUACCACAGAAUGCACAAUUACUUGGACCACAUCCAGCCAGCCAAGACCAAGAUUGCUGAGGCAGCAAAUUACAAAAGGCACGUGCUGUCCGCGGCCAGCUACCUGAUCUCUCUGGAGGUGUCCCCGCCGCCCGCGCUCUCCCAGAACCUGUCAGGAUCUCCGCUUGUCACGGUGCGGCUCAGGCACAGACUGUCCCACAGGCAGCGCAGCGAGGCCACCAACAACAGCAACCUGGUGUUCCUGUACUGUGCCUUCCUGGACUUCAGCUCUGGAGAAGGGGUCUGGUCCAGCCAGGGCUGUGUGCUCACCGAGGGGAACCUCAGCUACUCCGUCUGCCGCUGCACCCACCUCACCAACUUCGCCAUCCUGAUGCAGGUGGUGCCGAUGGAGCUCACACGUGAACACCAGAUGGCGCUCUCGUCCAUCACGUACAUCGGCUGCUCCGUGUCCCUGGUCUGCCUGGUGCUCACGCUGGGCACCUUUGCCAUGCUAUCCUCUGUCAGCACCAUCCGGAACCAGCGCUGCCACAUCCACGCCAACCUGUGCUUCGCCAUCCUCGUGGCCCAGAUCCUGCUGCUGGUCAGCUUCAGCUUCAAGCCUGGCACAGUCCCCUGCCAGGUGAUGGCCAUGCUCCUGCACUACUUCUUCCUGAGCGCCUUUGCGUGGAUGCUGGUGGAAGGGUUGCAUCUCUACAGCAUGGUGAUCAAGGUCUUUGGCUCAGAGAACAGCAAGCACCACUACUACUAUGGGAUAGGAUGGGGUUUUCCUCUCCUGAUCUGUAUCAUUUCAGUGUCAUCUGCCAUGAACAGUUAUGGCACAAAUAAAAACUGCUGGCUGUCCAUCACGAGCGGUGCUGUGUGGGCCUUCGUGGCCCCUGCGCUGUUCAUCAUUGUGGUCAACGUCGGCAUCCUUGUUGCUGUGACCAGGGUCAUUUCACAGAUCAGCGCCGACAACUACAAGAUACACGGGGACCCCAGCGCCUUCAAGUUAACGGCAAAAGCCGUGGCCGUGUUGCUGCCCAUCCUGGGAACCUCGUGGGUCUUCGGUGUACUUGCUGUCAACAACCAGACCUUGGCCUUCCAGUAUAUAUUUGCCAUCCUCAACUCCUUACAGGGGUUUUUCAUCUUCCUUUUCCAUUGUCUCCUGAAUUCAGAGGUGAGGGCUGCCUUCAAACAUAAAACCAAGGUCUGGACCCUCACGAGUAGCUCCAUCCGCAACACUAACGUGAAGCCCUUCAGCUCCGAUGUCAUGAAUGGGACCCGGCCAGGCACCGUGUCCACCAAGCUCAGCCCCUGGGACAAGAGCAGCCAUUCCGCCCACCGCGUGGACCUGUCCACCGUGUGA